UGAGCCACACCCUCAGUACUGACACAAAAAUAAGGCAGCUCACUACACUGCAAUGAGCUGGGCUCCGUGGCUGCUUCCGUAUGCACAAGAGGGAGAAAGUUCCAUGGCAUAACGAUCACCCAAAAGUUACGGGUUCCUGCCUCAAAGGAGAGUUCCCUAUUUUUCUCUCUUGGUGAGGCUGACAAGAACAAACAAAGGCCAAAGACAAUUCUUGACCUGGUUCAGGUGAGCAGAAUCUCCACGGACAUCAGUCAGCAUGGACUGGAAGACGUUACAGGGCUUGCUGAGUGGGGUGAACAAAUACUCCACCGCUUUUGGGCGCAUCUGGCUCUCCGUCGUCUUUGUCUUCCGGGUCCUGGUCUAUGUGGUGGCCGCUGAGCGGGUGUGGGGAGAUGAACAGAAGGACUUUGACUGCAAUCACCGGCAGCCCGGUUGCACCAACGUCUGCUAUGACCAUUUCUUCCCCAUCUCCCACAUCCGUCUGUGGGCCCUGCAGCUGAUUUUCGUCACCUGCCCUUCACUACUGGUCAUUAUGCACGUGGCCUACCGUGAGGACAGGGAGAGGAAGAACCGGGAGAAGAAUGGGGAGGACUGUCCCAAACUCUACAGCAACACUGGCAAGAAGCACGGUGGCCUUUGGUGGACGUACCUCCUCACCCUCUUCUUCAAGUUGGCAAUUGAGAUCAUCUUCCUCUACCUUCUCCAUAGGAUAUGGGACAGUUUUGACUUGCCAGUCUUGGUCAAGUGCGAUCUGCAACCAUGCCCCAAUAAAGUGGACUGCUACAUUGCUCGGCCUACAGAGAAGAAGAUCUUCACCUACUUCAUGGUAGGUGCCUCCGCCCUCUGCAUCGUCCUCACCGUGUGCGAGAUCUUCUACCUCAUCUUCAAGCGGGUGGUCCGUUCCAUGCAGAAGUGGAACAAGAACAAGAAGUCACUCACUUACAGCAAGGCCUCCACCUGCCAUUGUCACACAAGGCUGGAUCACCCGCACGAUGGGAAACUAAAGAACGCCCCCUUAGAAGCCCUCAGAGCCUCCGCACCUAACCUGACCUUAAUUUGAGGUGGGACACUGGGAGGGGCAAACCGCAAACAGUCAACUGCUAUUUGGAUUAUUUCAUUGGGACAACAAAAGUGGCGGUUUUUUUGAAACGUGGGGUGGGAAAGGAUAACUUGAAAGGGAGGCCUUCCGCUGUGCGGCCAACAGAAUGUUCCACAAGGAGGGGCUCUGCCAUGUUUGCCGAGGCCUGACGGCCAGGCCGUGGCCCUCGUGGCCUGUUUACGAGUUGUGACUACGCCAAACAUGCGCGGCUCAGACGUUCCGGCACAAGAUGUUGGUUUGUUCACCUCUAGAUGAAGUUGCAACCCUUUAAAUGUAUGCUUUCCAUCUUCUUCUU